CUCACAGUGCUUGGAGAUAUUGUAUGCUGGUUUUUGGUGCAUUUUUGGGUAGCUCACGGCUGGCGCCGUUAGAGCAGGCCCUCAGCCAGCAUGGUGACCGUCGUCAAUUCCAAAGCUGAUGUGCUUAAGGCAGCGCAAGCUCUGUCUGUGAACCUCAAUGCAGCGAAAGGGCUGCAGGAGGUUAUGAAGUCGAAUCUGGGGCCACGAGGAACGCUAAAGAUGCUGGUCGGUGGUGCUGGGCAAAUCAAGAUCACCAAGGAUGGAUCAGUUUUGCUCAGUGAGAUGCAGAUCCAGCAUCCGACAGCUUCCAUGAUUGCACGAGCAGCCAGUGCUCAGGAUGAGUUCACCGGUGAUGGGACAACAUCCAGUGUGAUGUUUAUUGGAGAGCUCAUGAAGUUGGCAGAGCAGAGCUUGGCAGAAGGCCUCCAUCCUCGACUCAUUGCGGAGGGCUUUGAAAUCGCCCGAGAGGAGACGGUCAAAUUUCUGGAUACCUUCAAGAUCCACAUCGAUGAUCCGCUAAAAGAGCGCGAGAAGUUGGUGUGUGUGGCCAGAACUUCCCUGAGGACGAAGAUUGCCCCAAACUUGGCAGAUCCUAUGGCGGAAGUUGUGGUGGAUGCCGUCCGUACCAUCAAAAAGGAUGACCAACCUCUUGACCUCAACAUGGUUGAGAUUCUGCACAUGAAGAACAAGCUGGUGACAGACACCCGCCUUAUCAAGGGCCUUGUUCUUGACCAUGGAGCCAGACAUCCUGAUAUGCCCAAGCGAUUGGAGAACUGCUACAUUCUCACUGCCAACGUCUCGUUGGAGUAUGAGAAGAGUGAGGUGAAUGCUGGCUUCUUCUACAGCAGUGCAGAGCAGAGGGAGAAACUGGUUGAUUCCGAGCGGAAGUUUACUGAUGAGAAGGUGAAGAAGAUCAUUGAGCUGAAGAAGAGGGUCUGCACAGAGGAAAACAAGAAAUCCUUUGUGCUGAUCAAUCAGAAAGGUAUCGACCCACCAUCUUUGGAAAUGUUGGCGCACGAGGGCAUCAUCGCCUUACGCCGGGCCAAGCGCCGCAACAUGGAGCGCUUGCCUUUGGCUGUUGGUGGCAUUGCAGUCAACUCUGUUGACGAUCUGGACGUGGAUGACCUCGGCCAUGCAGACUUGGUCUAUGAACAAAGCCUGGAGGAUGAUAAGUUCACCUUCAUCGAAGGGGUGAAGCACCCUCAGAGCUGCACUGUCCUCAUCCAGGGCUCUACAGACCAUGCCAUUGCACAGAUGAAGGACGCCAUCAAGGAUGGCCUGAGAGCUGUGCAGAACUGCGUGGAAGACGAGGCCAUCGUACCUGGGGCUGGUGCCUUCGAGGUUGCUGCGCACGUGCACCUGGAACAGUUCAAGCGAUCAGUGGAGGGCAAGCCUCGUUUGGGAGUGGAGAUCUUUGGAAAGGCGCUGCUAGUGGUGCCAAAGACCCUCCUGGAAAAUUCAGGCAUGGAUGUGCAGGAGAAGCUGCUUAGAGUUCUUGCCGACCGCGAGAACAAGCAGAAGGUGGUCGGCGUCAGUAUCUCGAGUGGAGACCCCAUUGACCCAGCAAUCGAAGGUAUCUACGACAACUUCUUGGUGAAGAAGCAGAUGCUUGGUUUGGCUCCAGUACUGGCCGAGCAGCUGCUGCUGGUCGACGAGGUGAUCCGGGCAGGAAAAUCCAUGAAGAGUGAUGGUGGGAUGCAGGGAUAGCCAUCACGUGCUGUAGUUUUCAACAAGUGGUAUGGCAUGCGCAGUUUUGGCGGGUUGGGCAACCUCCUUUGCAGACACCACUGUGACAGCAAACAUAAC